AUGGAUGCUAGGAGGCGGGAGAUCGUCCUGGUCCUGAGGCAGAGGCGCCGCUUCCUGCUUCUGAGCCGCUGCGCUGCCUCAUUGUUCUGCACCGCCGUAUCCCACAGCUCUGCUGCCUCUGAAGUCAAUCCCGCGCCGCUGAAAGGCCAGCCGCAGGCGCAGGACGACCGUGGUCUUAAGCAGAAGCUCUCCCGGCUUCUCUCCGGGCCUGGGCUCGACCAUGCUCUGUCCAGGGAGACCCUUGACCAGCUCUCCCCCGAUGAUUUCGAUCGCCUUCUCCGGGAAAUGGGAACGCAUGGGGUCGUCGAACCUAGGGCGGCCCUCGGGUUCUUCUCCUUCGCCUCCGACCGCUGUGGGUUUCAAUUUACUGUUGGCUCGUAUUGUUUCCUCGUCUGCGCCCUCAUCCGGGCGGACCUCGUCGCGCCCGCCAGAUUGCUGCUGAUACGCUUGAUCGGCGUGGGCGAGGACCUCCCAGUAACGUGCGCGGAUCCCCGCCGCCGGUUCCAAGAAAUUGUUCAGUUCUUCUGGACCACGGAGAAGAAGGACCGUGCAACGAUGUUUGGCCCUGUCGAUCUUCUGGUUCAUGUCUGCUGUACCCAGUUCAAGUCAGAUGGCCUCCGGCGCGCAUUUGAUGCGUUCAUGAUGUUGAUUGAACACGGCGUAUGUCCAUCCCUGAAGACCUGCAAUUAUCUUCUGGGCUUGUUGGCAAAGAUGGUAGGUGGUCAUGAAAAUGUUUGUUCUGUGUUUGAGGCAAUGAAGAAGUAUGUCUCCCCUGAUGUGUACUCAUAUACUCCGUUGAUAGAUGCGCUCUGCAAGGGAGGACUUGUAGAGGAGGCCACUCGGAUAUUCUCGGAGAUGGAGAGUUCCGGUGUUAAUCCAAACGUGGUUACUUACAACGCGCUUAUUGAUGGACUCUGCAAGAACAAGAUGUUAAGUGAUGCGUUCUGGUAUAAAGACAAAAUGGUGAACAGCGGAAUAAACCCGACUCUCAUUACAUACAGUAUUCUCAUCAACGGGCUUGCAAAGUUGGAGAAGUUCCAAGAAGCAAAUGUUCUCCUUCAUGAAAUGUUCGAGAGAGGGAUAUCCCCCAACGAGUAUGUUUAUAAUAGUUUGAUUGAUGGGUACUAUAGAAUUGGAAUGUGCCAAGAGGCACUAAAAUUAAGAGAUGGGAUGAAGUCCAGAGGGAUGAACCCAACCUGUGUCACGUACAACUCACUUUUGAAAGGUCUUUGCAGAACAAGGGAGAUGGAAAAAGCAGAGAGUCUUUUGGAGGAAAUGCUGGUGCAUGGAAUACCGAUAAACAUUGGCUCCUUCAAUUCAAUAAUCUCUUGGCUGUGUACAGUGAAACUGAAAUAUGACUCUGCACUCAGACUGUUUAGGGAGAUGGUGCUUAGGAAUUUGAGACCAAAUGACGGCGUUUUGACAAAGAUGGUGGAAGGACUAUGUAGAAGUGGUAAUUCUAGGGAAGCUAUUGAUGUCUGGUGGACGGUUUUAGAGAAAUGGCACGAUUUAAAAUUGUUUACUUUUAACGCAUUGGCACUUGGUCUUUGUGGUUCAGGGAACACGAAAGAGGCAGUUAGCCUUCUUGAUGAUAUCCUUGAGAAAGGAAUGACCGUAGAUUGGGUAGCUUAUGUUACGUUGAUCUCAGCAUGUUGCAACGAAGGUAAAAUGGAAGAAGCUUCUAGGCUCAGGGAGGACAAGGCCAAAAGAGGAAUCAACCCUGAUAUUUGCACAUUUAACUCGCAGUUACAUGUGCUAUGCAGUACGGGUAGAAUGGAAGAGGCGAUUAAGCUUUGGAACGAAGGUAGAAAAGAUGGCUUAAGACCUGAUACUUUUUCAUACAGUGCAAUCAUAGAUGGGUACGGUAAGUCCAAGGAGGUGGAUAAAGCAGAGAGGUUCUUCAAGGAGAUGGUAGGUGAGCAGCUUGAGGCCAAUGGCGUCAUAUAUAAUUGCCUUAUUGGGGGUUACUGUAGGGUUGGUAAAAUCUCUGAGGCUUCUAGACUAGUCUCUGAUAUGAGGAGCAAGGGUAUUUUACCUACGCAUGUGACAUACUCUACGCUUAUGCAUGGAUUUUGCAAUAUUGGCCAUGUAGAAGAGGCUAACAACCUUGUUAAUCAAAUGACAGACGAUGGCUUGAUACCUAAUGUCAUAUGUUAUACUAUCUUGAUUGGUGGAUAUUGUAAAGCAGGUCAAAUGGAAGAAGCAAUCACCGUCUUAGAGAACAUGCGAAAAAGGGGUUUAUCCCCCACCAAAGUCACUUACACUGUUUUGAUAGAUGGUUAUUGUAAAUUAGGUGAUGUUAGGCAAGCAGUAAAUAUUCUUCAUGAAAUGGUAAAUAGGGGCGUUUCUCCAGAUAUUGUCACUUUUAACACUUUGAUCUUGGGAUUUUGCAAAGAAGGGAAAAUGGAGGAGGCUUUUAGCAUUUGUGAACAGAUUUCUCAGUGGGGUAUUAUUUUGGAUGAAAUCACAUAUACCACACUAGUUGAUAGCCUAGUUAUUGCUGGAUGUCCAAAAGAAGCUAUCUCUGUCCUUGAAAAUGUGGUUAAGAAGGAUCCGAGGUCUGAAUGA